AUUACAGUCGCAUAGCGAUCCUGGUGCGGCUGUAGACCGCGACUGAAAAUGAAGAGUUAGCCGUUCAUAAGCAAUGGCCAGGCUGUCUGUACAUACAGCUGGGUGACUCCCCGCGGUGUCCUGGAGUUGCUAUGAAGGCGGGGGCCUCGUCCAUGUGGGCAUCAUGCUGUGGUCUGCUGAAUGAGGUGAUGGGUACCGGAGCCGUGAGAGGGCAGCAGCCAGGAUUUGGGGCAGGUGCGGGCCCGUUUCGUUUCGCUCCCACUGCAGGAUACUCCACAUACCCGCCCACCAACUCCACCAGCACCAGUCUGGUGUGUCAGGCCUGUGGACAAGCCUUCUCUGUCUUUAGGAGGAGGCACAUCUGUUGUGACUGUAAGAAGAGUUUUUGUUCGCUGUGCUCGGUACUUCAGGAAAACCUGCGCAGAUGCACGACCUGUCAUCUGCUGAAGGGCACUUCCUUCCAGCGUCCACAGCUCAUGCGUCUGCGUGUUAAAGACUUGCGGCAGUACCUCACACUACGCAACAUUGACACUGAUACCUGCAGGGAGAAGGAGGACCUUGUGGAUUUGGUACUUUGCCACCAAGGGACAGAAAGUGAGGAUGAUCCAGACACACCGUCUCUGCAGACACACCCCCUGUAUAGCCAACCACCUUCAACUGAAGAGCCCACAUCCCCUCUCUCAGCACACACUUCAACUCACGGAGAACCAAUCAGUAGGAGCAACAGCUCGGAGUCCACCAAUCAGGAUAUUGAGGACACCACUUCAGUCUCACUCCUUAACACUGACCAGACAGAACACAUGCCUGAGGUUAGUCCUCAGACACAGCGGCGAGCUAGAGCUUCUCUGUCAGACCUGUCAUCUCUAGAUGACGUGGAGCAGCUGAGCGUACGGCAGCUAAAGGAGAUCCUGGCAAGGAACUUUGUGAGCUUCUCCGGCUGCUGUGAGAAGUGGGAGCUGGUGGAGCGCGUCAGGAGGCUUUACCGGGAGAACGAGGACAAUCGCAAAUCUAUGGAAAAUGUGAGCAACCCCAUCACUGCAGUGGUAGCUUAUCCCCCUUCAAUCUGCAAUGGUGGAAUCGGAGAUGGUUGCAAACCCCAGUUAUCAAAUGACGACAACCUGUGUCGCAUCUGUAUGGAUGCGAUAAUAGACUGCGUGCUGCUGGAGUGUGGUCACAUGGUCACCUGUACGAAAUGCGGGAAGCGCAUGAGCGAAUGCCCUAUCUGCAGACAAUAUGUUAUCAGGGCUGUGCAUGUUUUCAAGUCUUAAUGCUGCUGGCAGAACAUCCCGCUCCACCUGCAGACCAUUUUGCAUUAGAGACUCGUGAGGAAGUGCACAGCGAGUGCCCCGUCUUUACAUUGGAUCAGUGUGGAAGAUAACAUUUUUAUUUUGUUUUCAGGAAGCCUUCAGACAGUGGUCUGCAAUGGCUUUGUCAAUAAGUGCUUAAAUAAAAACAUUCCGCAAGCUCUUCAAAGAGGCUCUGUAAUAAUAUGCAAUUGUUCAGCACAAACACCUCACAGCCUUGACUUGAUGUCCUACAGCUUUGAAGACAUUCUGCUCACCUGUCGCAUGCGAGCACUGUGAGAAACUCAAAAAGAAUGAGAAUAACUCAUGUGUGUUCAUCAUCACGCACCAUAACUCAGGAUGGAAGGAUCUGAAUGUUCCUGUUCUUCCAUUUUUGUUGCAACAUCUGUGAAUGGGCUUCUGUUUCCCCUUUGAAUUGUGUAGAAAUUUUGAACAAAGUUUUGGAGUUUCUAUAAGUUACAUUGUACUUGCUUAUAACAUGACACUGGUAACAAUCAGUCAAUGAUUUCAUAAGUGGCAUAAUGAACAUGUUUUGUGGUCAUUCUUCUCUG